CCCCUGUGACUUAUAUGCUUAUACACAUUACAUUAAAAAAUUAAAACUAAUGAUUCAAUGCAAAUUUGGCAUUUUGUAGCUGCUCAAGGUGGAGCUAGUUUUAAGCACUUAAUUGCUUAGGGGAUUGGGAGCCAAAGAGUCAUGCGAUCAAUCAGGGGGCUUGUUGGAGAAGACAAAAAGUGUGGGAAAGAAGGAAAGCACUCUUUCUACACUCUUGAUAUUUCUUUUAUGAAAUUUCUCUUAUCGUUUUGGGGUUUAGUUUGAGAAGUUUUGAGGGAAAAUCUCUCUUUGGUGGAACUUCUAAGAACGUAUAUGAAUUGUGACAAGAGGCACCAGCUGGACACUGCUUUCUGUAAGGGGCUACAAGCCUUACCACAAAGCCAUUUUGAGUAUUUGGUAGGUGUUCACAUAUUUAUCUGUCUAUUUCCCUGUUUGUCUGUGGACAGAUUUUGUCAACACGUCACCUUAACAGGUGUGAAGCUGAGAUCCAAAUGACGGUCAAGUUUGAAGAUGGGUGUGGUCCAUGCAAGGGCACUGGAAAUAAGGGGUUAGGAGGCAGGGAUGGGGCCAUUGCCCACCCACUCCUAACUCACAUUCAUUGAAAGGUUUUUUUUAGUUCAACCAAAAACACACUGAAAAAGUGACAGCUACAACUAUGGCUAUGCUGUGAAUCUGGGGUUAUUCUACACCUAUUAGCUAUCCAAUGUUGUUGCUGUGUUAACGACAUGUCAACAGACAGCACCCAUCUGUCACUCAAAACAGCCACACCCUUAAUUACCCGUAACUUGAAGCCUUAAUAACAUUUAAAAGGGUGACGUAUAUAAAAAUUCAAUCUCUGUACAGUUGAAAAACUGUCUCCAGCUCCUGCUUAUUCUCCAUCAUUUUAGUAGUUCCUUUAAUUCUCAAGAACUGCCAUUUUCCAUCCAGCCACCAGAUGUCCCUAGACUUUCCUCUUAGCCCCAUAUCGUCACUUGUUUUACAUAAACUGGGCUUCCCUCCCAACUCACACACCUAUUCCCAGUAUAUAACCUGCCAUUGUCUCCAGUUUGUUAUUGUAUCAUCUGCUCAUGUUCCCUUGCAUUCUUGGUUUUACUUGUUGAUUGUUCCAACCUGUCUACUUGCCCGCCUGGUACUCAUAUCAUCUGCCUAUAAGCCUGUUGUCUGCAAUUUAAGUAUCUUUUCAGAAUUCAACUGCCUGCUGUCCUGCAUUUAGGUUCUCCCUGCCUGUGCUGCUUCAGUCAGCUGUAACAGCUGCAGCCUAAUGUCAGAUGUGUGUUGGACAGCUUCAGGCGAAAGAGAGAGAAUCUGUAUCAAAAGCCAGGCUCACUAUUUACCUCAACUUCCCUAACAUUUGAAAUACUGUAGACCCCACCAUGCCUUUUAUAAUCGCUGCUCUAAUCACAUCGCAUCACAUGGGAUGAUAUUCCCUAUUGCUACAUUAAAAUAUUUAUUUUUGGGUCACUGAUUAAUACAAUUUAAUAUCCAUUUACCUGGUAUAAAGAGGGCAGAGUCCAUGAAACCAGUAGGCCUUUAUGUUGCCAGGAGCCAAUAACAUCGAGUUCUCCCUCACAGGAGAGAGAUAGGUGAUGUUAUUGGCUCCUGGCAAGAGAACACAAGCCUUUUAUCGCACAAAUGAAGCAAGUUAGCAACAGCCUUCAGUUGGACAGACUUAAGCCCUAUUUUUCAGGAUGGAUUCAAUCUUUUCUGUCGUUGGAUCCUUUGUUGACUGGAAUGUCAGAAGUCUGCUGCUCUUUACUGCAGUUUUCAUCCUCACUGCAGAUUAUAUUAAGAACCGUCGGCCGAAAAGCUUCCCUCCAGGACCUCGGGCAUUUCCUACUGUGGGCAACAUAUUCACUCUGGAUUACAAAAGGGGCCAUGAGAGUAUGACACAGUUAGCAGGGAAAUAUGGAGACGUGUACAGCCUGCGAAUGGGCUAGGCGUGGAUGGUGGUGUUAAACAGUUUUGAGGUUCUGAAAGAAGCUCUGGUAAAUCAGGGAGACAGCCUGGCGGACCGUCCAUACCUCCCACUGCAGGAAGACAUGUUCCAUGGACGAGGUGUAAUUUCCAGUAAUGGGAACUCAUGGAAGCAGCAGAGGCGCUUUGCACUUUCAACCCUCAAAUAUUUUGGAUUUGGCAAGAAGUCACUUGAGCCUGUCAUCUUGGAUGAAUUUACAUAUUGUGCAAAAUACCUCAUCAGCUAUAAAGGUAAACCAUUUAAUCCACACACCAUCCUCAACAACGCUGUCUCCAACAUCAUCUGCUCCCUGGUUUUUGGUCUUCGCUUUGAGCACUGUGAUGAGAAGUUCAUGAAACUGAUGAAGAGGUUUAACAAAGGUCUCGAAAUUGAAGCCUCCAUCUGGGGACAGCUUUACAACUCAUUCCCUCUGCUGAUGAGACGUUUGCCAGGGCCACAUCAGACGGUCAGAGACUUCAUCGACUGCUUCCUGAAUGAGAUGAAUAAGGAGCAGGCUGACAGCACUUUUGAUGAGGAAAACCUGGUAAUUUGUGUCUUGGACCUGUUUGUGGCUGGCUCUGAGACCACAUCCACCACCCUGCGCUGGGCUUUCCUCUACAUGGCAAAGUACCCUGAGAUCCAGGCAAAGGUCCAGGCUGAGAUAGACAGAGUGAUUGGACAGUCCAGACAGCCGUCCAUGGAAGAUCGUGCAAACCUGCCCUACACUGAUGCUGUACUCCAUGAGAUCCAGAGGAUGGGCAACAUAGUUCCUCUCAGUCUGCCUCAUGCUACCACCAGGGACAUCCAGCUGGGAGGAUACACAAUCCCAAAGGGUGUUACAAUAAUCCCCAAUCUGACCUCGGUGCUGUUCGACAAGAAAGAGUGGAAGACGCCCAACACCUUCAACCCAGGACACUUUCUGAACGAGGAGGGCAAGUUUGUGAAGCCAGCUGCUUUCAUCCCUUUCUCUGCUGGUAAGCGGGUGUGUCUCGGAGAGAACCUGGCCAGGAUGGAGCUUUUCCUCUUCUUCACCUCCUUCAUGCAGCACUUCACCUUCUCCAUGCCUGCUGGGGUGAAGCCUGUGAUGGACUAUUGCUUUGGCAUCACUUUAGCACCACGUCCAUAUGAAAUCUGCGCAACCUCACGCUAAGAGUAGCUCAGAUAUA